AUGGAUCCGACGGCAGCAACCGCACACGGCCACUCUCUUCCACCUCCAUUUCAUACACGAAACUUCAACUUGCAUCAAUUCCAGCAACAGAAUUCUGAAGAUGAACAAAGCGGGACAAGCGGUCUUAACAUGGGCGGCCACAAAAGAGAGCGCGAAGAGAAGAACAACAACGAAGAUAUGUUGAAUAACAGCGGCGGUGGUGGCAGCAGCGAAGGCAAAGAUGGUGAGAUGGGAAGAAGACCCCGCGGACGUCCAUCAGGUUCUAAAAACAAGCCUAAACCACCUAUUAUUAUCACUAGGGACAGCGCCAAUGCACUCCGAACUCAUGUCAUGGAGGUUUCGGAUGGAUGUGAUGUCAUGGACAGUAUCAGCACCUUUGCACGCCGCAGGCAGCGUGGCGUUUGUAUCAUAAGUGGGACGGGUACGGUCACAAAUGUCACACUCCGGCAACCUGCUUCCCCCGGGGCAGUUGUGACAUUACACGGACGAUUUGAAAUUCUUUCGCUUGCAGGCUCUUUCUUACCACCACCUGCUCCACCUGCCGCUACUGGGUUGACCAUUUAUUUAGCUGGUGGUCAAGGGCAGGUGGUAGGUGGUAGUGUGGUGGGGGCACUGCUGGCCGCGGGGCCAGUGGUUAUCAUGGCCGCGUCAUUUAGCAACGCGGCCUAUGAAAGACUCCCACUUGAGGACGAAGAAAGUACUUUACCAAUGCAAGGAGGUGGAUCGCUUGGAUCUCCUGGAGCGAUCACACCCCCACCACCCGGGUCCCAACAACAACAACAACAAUUGAUGUCUGAUCCGUCGCUCUUUCAAGGCAUGCCACCAAAUCUUCUCAACACAAUUCAAAUACCAAAUGAUGCUUAUUGGGGUAAUAAUGGCAGUGGUCGUCCCUCGUUCUAA